UUUUAAAUGAAAAGAUUGCCCUGUGUGUUCAUUCUCAUCUCUCUUUUGUUCUUCAAUUCCCUUUGAUCUUGCCAUCAGCUUUUUUAAGCCCCACUGACCUUAAUUGCAUACAUCUCCCAGAAUAUAAAAAAGAAUUGAAAUCAUACGACAUACGAUAUACCACAGAGUGUCUGCCAUAGAAAGUCUCAUUAACGAUGGGACUAAGAAGGUCUGAAAGUCCAUGGGGAUACCCUAUCGCUCUCAUUUGGCGUGGUUCGGUGAUUCCACUUAUUCUUCCAAAUGUUUUGUUCACGACACUGGUAGCAAUAACAGUCAGUUAUAUCUACCUGGCCAUGGGUAUUGAUAUUGCUGUAGCGGGAUCCGUCAUUGGCUCCUUGAGUAUUGUUAUCGGUUUGAUUCUCGCCUUCAGAACCAACACUGCAUAUGAUCGAUUCUGGGAAGGUCGCAAGAUAUGGACAACCAUGAAUACAAGUAUCCGAAACAUGGCUCGUGUGAUUUGGGUGGGUAUCAAAGAGAAACCUGAUGGUCCUACAGGAAUCAAUGAUCAAAAGAUUCGUGCCAUCAACAUGCUUUUAGCGUUUGCGGUGGCGACGAAGCAUCACCUUCGAGCAGAGUACGGAACAGCCUACAGAGAUCUUCAGGGAUUGUUGCCAGAGGAUUUUGUCCCCUGCAAGAGUGCCACAAAUCUGAGGACUCAAUAUAUUAAUCAUCGACAACAUUUACAGACAGAGAAGAGUGAUUGGGUGAUUCAACGGGAUAACUCGACUGCAUCGAUGUCUUUACCAUUGGAAAUCUCAUAUCAACUCUCGUUGUGGAUUAAUUAUGUGCGAGAUAAGGAGCUGAUCGAUAUCCCUUAUCAGGGUCAAUGCACCAUGGCAUUGUCAUCCAUGAUUGAUUGCUUUGGAAAUCUGGAACGGAUUCUGUUAACGCCGAUUCCAGUGGCGUAUAAUAUUCAUCUGAAGCAGAUCUUGACGAUGUACUGUUGUAUAUUACCAUUCACAACCAUCCGGGAUGUUCAAUGGCUGACGAUCCCUCUAUGUGGCGCUGUAGCCUUUACGCUUUUUGGUAUCGAAGCUAUUGGAAAUCAGAUUGAAGAUCCUUUUGGUUUUGAUUCAAACGAUUUGAAAUUGGAUGACUUUUGUUACGACUUGAUGCUGGAGUUGGACUACAUUGUUCAGACCGUACCUCAGGACCAAUCGUCAGUCUUUGAGUCUGCAGCGGCGCCGCAACCGCCCAAGCAAGCUCAGCAACCACAACGCAAUAUCCUUAUUCAAAUCUAAACCAAUUCUCAAAAAUAAAUAAUUUUGAAUGCGCC